AACUCUUUUCUCAGUUCGACUAUACCUAUCUCUCUUCUCUGCUAUCACUGAAGAAAAUAGAUCUUUGUUAUCAUUGUCAGUAGAAGUUAACUGGUGAACGUGUGCAGCAUUUAAAUGAUUUGGAUGCAAGUGAAUAGUCAUCAUCAAAUACUUAAUCCUUUAUUGAAACAAUGUUUAUUAAUAACAACAAAUUAAAAGGAUAUUUAUUUGGAUUAUGGGGAUUGUUAGUGCAUUUGAUAAUUUUGUGGGGAGUUUUAGAUGCUAAUUUUCAUUCUCCAGUAUUAAAAAAUUUGCCUGUAGUUCAGCCACUUUUUGGAGCUCCUGCUCGACGGUUAUUUUUAUUUGUCGCCGAUGGAAUGAGAUAUAGAACAUUUGAUGAUGCUCAAGCUCCCUUUUUAAAAAGUAUAAUUAAUGGAGCAGGAAUGUGGGGUGUAUCUCACACUAGAAUGCCAACAGAAUCAAGACCAGGUAAUGUAGCAAUAGCUGCUGGUCUUUAUGAAGAUCCUAGUGCUUUAUUUAAAGGAUGGAAAGAAUAUCCUGUAGACUUUGACUCAGUUUUCAAUCAAAGUUAUAAAACAUGGGCUUGGGGAAGUCCUGAUAUCAUCCCAAUGUUUGUCAAAGGAAGUAGAAUGAAUGUUUAUGGUGAUAGUUACCCACAUGAUUGGCAAGACUUUGAUAAAUCUUCCAUCAAAUUGGAUUCAUGGGUUUUCGAAAAAUACUUCCAAUGGUUAAAAAAUGAUGCUUUAGAACUGAAAAAUCAAAGUGGAAUUGUUCUGUUCUUUCAUCUUUUAGGCUGUGAUACUGCAGGUCAUUCCAGUAAACCUCAUUCCAAAGAAUACAGGGGUAACUUGAAAUAUGUAGAUGAGCAGAUUGAAGAAGUUGUGAAAAGCGUUGAUCAAUUUUUUAACGACAGCAAGACGGCAUACGUUUUCACUGCUGAUCAUGGGAUGACUGAUUGGGGUUCACAUGGAAGUGGUUCUACAGAUGAAACAGAAACUCCAAUCAUUGUUUGGGGUGCCGGAGUUAAUCACAUAAAUAGUCGACAAGAUAUAGAACAAGCUGACAUCACUCCAUUAAUUGCAUCACUUCUUGGCCUUCCAGUUCCAGCUAAUAAUGAAGGAAUCUUACCUGCAUUAUUUUUAAUUCCUGAGAAUAAAGAUUAUAUAGCACGAGCUUUAAUGAACAAUAUUGAACAGUUAUAUAUUCAAAUAAAAGCAAAUCGUGUUGUAGCAAGUGGCGAUGGUCCAAGCCAUUUUAAUUGGCGAGAAAAAGAAUUAAAAAACAUGAUUAAUGAUAUUAAAAAUCUACUAAACGAAAUGAAAAUUGUAGAGGCUAUUGUGAAAGCUAAAGAAGCAUUAAAAUUAAGUAAAGAAGUAUUAUAUUAUUAUCGAAGAUUUCAAAGAAAUCAAUUGAUAAUGUAUUUAACUAUAAUGUGGUUGGGUUGGAUAGCUUUAUUAAUUUUAAAAUUGACUGGUGUUAAACGGCAAACUUAUGACGACGAUUUGAAUAAAUAUUUCACUUUAAUAAAUUUAAUAUUCUUAACAGCUGAAAUCAUUCUCAGUAUUGAUCAUGUUGUUUCAGGAAGACAAGAUUGGAGAGUAUUAGGAUAUGGCACUAUUGCAUUUUUCUCCAUCUGGUUAGCAUGUCGAAGUGCAUUGACUUUAUCACCAACUUUCCAUGUGAAAGACAAUAAAACUGCACCAAUAAUAAUAAGCAGUGUAAUAGUAUUAAUAAUAGUAAUGUCUGUUGGACUAAUUAACAAAUUAUUCUUUAGCUUAGCUAUGAUAAUUACUGCAAUAAUGCAGAAAAUAUUAAUUAAAGAUACUCCUAAAGCUCUUUUGUUAACUGCUGGAGCUCUAGCGAUGUAUCCAGCAUUUCCUACAGUAAAACCAAAUCCUCAAACAGCGAUGGUAUUAAUAAGCCUGGUCCUUGGAACUAUUAUUUUACUGAAAAAGACGAUGGAAUUAUUAAUAAUAGAAUUAAUAAGACUGUUGAUAGUUUCAUUGAUUAUAACUGAAUUUAUUGAUGGUCGAAAAGGUUUAUCUUGGAUUAUUCUGAUCACUAGUCCGAUAUGCAUCUGUCUUUACUCUUCAACAAAUAAAGGAACAAGAUUAGCUGGAGUUACACUGGGAUUACUCUGUCCUCUAACCUUGUUAUCAGCUUCCUAUGAACCACAAGUUUACAUACUGCUUGCUGUGCAUUUAAUUGCUUUACUAAAAGCUCUUGAGAGAAAUCGAACAGUAUCAGGAGUCAAUAAAAAUAAUCACAAAUUAUUGACUCUAGAAGAUCUAGUCAUAGCUGCAUACUUUAUGCUGUAUAUACUGCUAUCAUUUUUUGGCACAGGUAACAUGGCCAGUAUUAGUUCAUUCGAUCCAAUGUGGACACGAUACUUCAUCACAGUAUUUUCACCUUUUACUAUGUCAGCAUUAAUUUUAUUAAAAUUAGCAAUACCUUUAGUGCUGGUGGGAUGUGCAAGCCACGUUUUAGCAUCUUCGUCAAUAUUCUUAGCUGUCCUAUUACUCGGUGACUGUUUAUCAUUGCCUUUAAUGUUCAGUGUUACUUCACAAGGAAGCUGGUUAGACAUCGGGACUGCUAUAAGUCGCUACACAAUAGCUGUAACAUUACCAUGUUUAUUUUUAGUUCUUUACUAUCUAUCAAAUCCAUUAAUGACGUUAGAUUUAUCAAUGAUUCGUUCAAAAAUAUCAACCAAAAAGCAUUUAGUGUAAAAUUCUAAAAAUA